CAUUCAUCCACUAACAUGCAAGACUGCCUUUUCCUAGGUCUCGACAGCUCUACACAGGCGCUCAAAGCCUCGCUCCUAGACGAGGACCUUCGGGUGCUGUCCGAGGCCGAGGUACGCUUCGACGCCGACCUGUCACACUUCAAGACGCGCGGCGGCGUUCUCCAUGGUCCCGAGGGGAGCGGCGAGGUGUUCUCGCCUGUCAUGCAGCCUGUAGAGGCGCUCGACCUCCUCCUCGACCGCAUGAAGGCCGCCAAGUGGCCCCUGGGGAAGAUCAAGGCCGUUUCCGCCGCAGGGCAGCAACAUGCCUCCGUGUACUGGUCAAAGCAGGCGGGGCGUCUGCUCUCCUCACUUGACGCAGGCGAGCCGAUGGCGCCUCAGCUGCAGGGCGCCUUUUCGCGUGCCAUCAUCCCGAACUGGCAGGACUCGUCGACGGUGGAGGAAUGCAAGGCACUCGAGGCUGGUGUCGGUGGUCCGAAGGAGCUCGCGCGCAUUACAGGCUCCAAGGCGCACACGCGGUUCACCGCCUCGCAGAUCCUUCGCUUCCGCAACACCUUCCCCGACGCGUACGGCGCCACGGAUCGCAUCUCCCUUGUGUCGAGCUACAUCACAACCCUCCUCUGCGCGGACGGCGACAUCAAGGGCAUCGACGAGAGUGACGCGUGCGGCAUGAACCUGUGGGAUAUGGAAAGCGCCGGGCGUGGGUGGAGUCGAGCUGUGCUCGACGUCAUUGCGCCCGGGGAGGGCGAAGAGCUCGCGCGCAAGCUUGGGCGUGUGGAGACGGACGGCGGGCGAGUCGUCGGCAACAUCGGGCGCUGGUUCGUCGAGCGUCACGGCUUCGACCCCAAGUGCGUCGUGGUGCCUGGCACAGGCGACAACCCGGCCACUUUCCUCUCCUUCUCACUGCGCGAGAGGGAAGGUAUGGUGUCCCUCGGUACGAGCGAUGUUGUUCUGGUCUCGACGGCCGAGUACAGUCCCCACCCAGAGUUCCACGCAUUCUUCCACCCCGCCAUGAUCGCGCCGCCAUCGGUCCAGGACAGCGUGAGAGAGACUGCCGAGUCGCUUCGCUACUUCAACAUGCUCGUGUACAAGAACGGGUCGCUGGCGCGCGAGCAUGUCCGUGACAAGUACUUUGGCAGCACAUCGUGGGACGAGUUCAAUGCGGCCGUUGAGCGUCUGCGUCCUCAAUCGGGGGACGUGACGCUUGAGCGCAUGGCAUUUUGGUGGCUCCUGCCGGCUAUUAUUCCAUCCGGCGCCCACGGAGUGUACAAGUACAUUGGGAGUGAUGCCGCGACCGCUGAGCGCGUCGACGACUUCUCGGAAGUGGGGAUGGAGGCGUUGGCGAUCCUCGAGUGCCAGAUGAUGAAUUACGCGUCGCGCUCAUCUGCGAUUCUCUCGAGCGACGAGACAGCAGCGACACUGGCGCGGGUGUACGUCGCCGGCGGGGCGGCGCGCAACAAGACGCUUUUGAACGUCAUGGCGGACGCGAUGGGCUGCCCCGUCUCCAAGGCGGUGGAGUACGACGCGGAGAAGGGCGCGUGGGGCGAGUCGCACACAAACGCAUGCUCCGUCGGCGUCGCGUACAAGGCGGCAUGGGGGUGGGUGCGGUCAGUGGACAAGACGCGGGCCCACGUGCCCUUUGAUGACUUUGUGGCGGCUGCGCAUGCGCGCGCCCGCGCGACGCUCCCUGCUGAGGCGGCGACGGCGCCUGGCGCGCCGGGAGAUAACGGCAAGUAUGACGCGGCGCUGCCCACGGCCGCUGCUGCAGCGUACAAGCACGCACUGCCGUGGUGGCGUGAGCUGGAGAAGCGCGCCGUCAUGGAGGGCAAAGAGGGCAAGCGGGGCCUGAUGAAGUAGCCGAGGACGGUAUGACCUGCCCGCGACCACUGGGUUUCACAAGACGUCUGUCGCUUAUUAGAUAAUCAAUGCGCUCUGUAUCUGAAAUGCUGAGCUGAGUCAGAGUUGUGGAGGUCGAUCACUUGCAAGACCAAGACUGGUGAGGGAUGCUCGCUUGAGGCGAGCUUGGGCCCGUUGGCGAGAUAGGCGAGGAAUGCGAUCUGGGUGCUCACCGUGGCUAAACAGGAUCAUGUAUCGCUUAUCUCCCGUU